UCUCCCUGUUCCUGAAACAUCUGGCGCUGCGGGUUGCUCGGGUGCCGUCGCUGGGCUUUGGCUGCAAGAGCGGCGCGGGCGACUGGCCCUUGGCUUUGCUACGGCGCGGAGAGGGGCGUGUGCCGGGUGGGUGCGGGCAGCGCUGCAGGGGCAGCCUCGGAGAGCCAGCGCUUGCCCAGCCGGCAGCAAGGACCCUGACCCCCGCCCGCCUCCCCUCUCAUUUCCCCGAGAAGCUUCCUGCUGGAGAUCGACGCUCCAGAGCUGCGGGGCUCUUUUCCCUCGGCAGGAGCCUCCAGUCGCUGGGCGUCCGGGACUUGCCUCGCCCAGCCGGCUAGCUCAGCCAGCCCCCGGCUGUCUUCGCCUUGCUGCAGGCUGCUUGUUAAGAAGCAGGCUUCCCUUGAGAUCUGUUAGUACCUAAUCCCUGUUGCGGCCCCAGUUCAUGGAUUAUCUGUGCUUCCGAGCGCUUUGCUGCAAAGGACCUCCGCCACCACGACCAGAGUAUGACUUGGUUUGCAUAGGUCUCACUGGAUCAGGCAAGACUAGUCUGCUUUCACAGCUCUGCAGUGAAAAUAGAGAGAACAUUGUGUCUACAACAGGUUUUAGCAUAAAAGCAGUGCCAUUCCAGAAUGCCAUCUUGAAUGUAAAAGAGCUUGGAGGGGCUGACAAUAUCAGGAAAUACUGGAGUCGUUAUUACCAGGGAUCUCAAGGAGUAAUAUUUGUAUUAGACAGUGCCUCUUCCGAAGAUGACCUAGAAACAGCUAGAAAUGAACUGCACUCGGCUCUUCAGCACCCACAGUUAUGCACUUUGCCAUUUUUAAUAUUGGCCAAUCAUCAAGACAAGCCAGCAGCUCGUUCAGUACAAGAGAUAAAAAAAUAUUUGGAACUUGAACCACUUGCACGAGGAAAACGCUGGAUACUUAAACCAUGUUCCUUGGAUGAUAUGGAAGCAGUAAAAGACAGCUUCGGCCUGCUGAUCAAUUUACUAGAAGACAGAGAUCUCGAGCCUUCUCGAAUGUGAAGACAUCAAGAAUGGUUGUUGGAUAGAGUUGUACCUGUUUGUGUUGCUUUCUGCUGAAUUAUGGUUUGAUAUUGAGAAGACUGCAUUUAGAGCUUGCAAUAAAUAUAUGUAUGAGUUUAGUCUGGAAGACAUUUUUUUAUAAGUUCUGUGAAUCUGGUCAUGAUUCUUUUGGGCAGAAUUGUUUGUACUACUGAAAUGGGGAGUUCCUCUUGUUUACCACCAGUUCUGCUCAUUAUGUGGCAUUGUCUUGCGUGGUCAUUAGAAAAAAAAUAAUAUGGAAUUGUGAUGCAUGUGCAAAAUUUAAAACACUUAUAGAUGGACUCAAAAAGAACUAAUUAUAUAUCGAAAAAUAGUAUUCUACAGUGCUCUAGCUAUUGCACAAUUGCAUGGUGUGAGUACUUUGGGUGUGUGGAAAUAAUGGUCGCUAGGAGUCACAGGAAUGAAUUUCUGCUACAGACAUUAGUUGGAAGCCUUAUUGAAUGCACACAUCUACCUUUUAACAUUUACUGCUUUAAUUCUUUUUAGUGAACAAAUCACUGAUUAUGUAAGAAAUGAAGCCAAGACAUGGGAAUAUCAGUAUUGUUAGAAGUUCAGAAAUAUCUUCAGUACAAAGAAUAGCUUUUGUACAUUUGUAGAUGUAAAUUAAUCUGGUCACCUAAAACGAUGACAAAUAGAGGAUCACUUUUAGUAAUGAUUAUGGUGUAAGAGCAAUAUGCAAAUUUAAAUAAUCAUUAGAUGUAUUCUACAUAAUUAAUAUUAUGUUAGAAUUCCUAGGCCACAGAAUCAUUUUUUUU